UAAGCUUCUCCGCUUUGCCUCGUUCUUCUGCAUCAGGUCUUAAACGUUUGUUGGUUUCGUUUUUUCCAACGUCGCAUCGUCUUCACGCAGGAAACAUGUUUUCAUGAGUCCCCCGUUUUCAGGACUCCUGUCACGUCUGUUAAUCAAACCCUCCUCUCACUCUUUCCUGUCUCUGUGCUCUUCUUCCCCUUGUCCUUUGCUACUCUUUCUCUCUUUCUGUCUUUCCUCUCACUCUCUCUCUCACCCGCUCUUUACUCCCCCCCCCCUCAAACCCUCCUCCUCUGUCUUUCUUCUCUCAGCAGCCACUGCCAUGACAAUUCAAUGAGAGGAGAGGACGCCAAGUGAAGUAUCCCCUGCUCGCUGGAAAGGAGGGGAAGGAGUGCUCAAGGUAAAGAUACCAGAGGGAAGAGUAUAGAAGAAGAGGAGGAGGAGGAGGAGAGAAAGAAGAGAUAAGAAGAGAGGGAGCGGCAGAGGAGAGGAAAGGGGUAAAGGGUGAGAAAGCGAAGGAUAAACGGUGGAUGGAGGCAGCUCAGACCGGGGCUACGGAGCGCUCUUCACCGACGAAGAAGAAGAUCAGCAGCAGCAGGGGGGAGAGGAGAUGGAGGCGAAGAGCAGAAACAUGCCCCCAGAUAUCAGUUUCCUCCCGCGCCCGGCGAUGGUGUGGUGUGAGCGGGGGAUCCAGGUGCUGCUGACCACCAUGGGGGCGUUCGCCGCCUUUGCCUUGAUGACGGUGGCCAUCGGUACGGACUACUGGCUGUACGCCCGGGCCUUCAUCUGCAACAGCACGGCCAACUCGUCCCAGGAGGACUCCAACAACAAGGACAAGAAGGACCCCGGGGCCCUCACCCACUCAGGCCUCUGGAGGAUCUGCUGCCUGGAAGGCCUGAAGCGAGGCGUGUGUUCCCAGAUCAAUCAUUUCCCAGAUGACGCAGACUACGACCAGGAUGCUGCAGAGUAUUUGCUGCGUGUGGUGCGAGCCUCCAGCAUCUUCCCUAUCCUCAGCGCCAUACUGCUCCUGCUGGGCGGAGUGUGCGUUGCUUCCAGUAGCUUCUACAAGAGCAAACGGAACAUUAUACUGGGCGGAGGAAUUCUCUUCGUGGCUGCAGGCCUCAGCAACAUAAUCGGAGUGAUCGUGUACAUCUCGGCGGCGCUGAGCGACAUCUCCCCGAAGAAGGACGAGGAUAAGAAGUGGCACUACUCGUACGGCUGGUCCUUCUACUUCGGCGGCCUGUCGUUCAUCCUGGCCGAGAUGGUGGGUGUCCUCGCCGUCAACAUCUACAUUGAGAAGAACAAGGAGCUGCGCUGCCGCUCUCGCACCGACCUCUUCAAGAGCACCACGCACGCCAUGCUGCGGCUGCCCAGCUACCGCUUCCGGCGGCGCUCUCGCUCCAGCUCGAGGUCCACCGACCCGCCCCACUCGCAGGAGACCUCGCCCAUUGGUGCGUCCAAAACCUUCAGCCUGCCGCCCUCUGCCCCGCCCUUCUCUGUGGCCACCCUGCCCAACCCACACCACACCAGCAGCGGCGGAAGCGGAGGCGGCGGCGACAUCUCCAUGUACACCCUCUCAAGGGACUCCAAGCUGGGCAGCCUGGGAGGCGGCGCCCCACCUCUCUACGGCACGGUGGACCGAGCCACGCUCUACCAACUCCACAACUACUUUCCAAAAGAUUCCGGCGGAAGCGGCGGAGGUGGAGGAGCGGUGAUAAGCGGCGGUACGCUCCCAUCUCAUUCCAAAUCCAACUUGGCAGCAGCGGCGGCCGUCGCCCAGAACGCAGCGCCGCUGAACACGUCCACAUCGGCCACCACACCGGCCCAGCCCGCCCAGAUCUCCACAGCCACCAUGGAGAGGGACAGGGGCAACGUGGGAACCCUGGACCGACUGACCGCCAAGAGAGACAGGGAUAGCAACUCAGACACGCUGAACAGGAAAACAACGCCAGUCUAAACCUCGGAGAGCAGCGAGAGAGAGAGGGAGCAUCAUAACAAAAUAAUUCAUACGGACGUUAGAGAGGUUCUGAGUUGAAAGAGAGGAAGAGGUCGAACAUGUGCGGGUGACACGUCAACGUUUCCGUCCUUGAGCCUGAGGUUUACCUGCCAUAAUCAACCACCGUGAUCAUAAACAGUCAUAAAACACCUGACAUCACGAGCUCAUGACGCCUGCCUUAAAUUGGUCAUGACCUUUAUUUUGAAAGGUUCCUUGUUAAGUGUGCAGCGGUGAGGCGAUGGAGGCUUCAGGGAUUGUUUUCUUUGUCGUCUUCUCUCUUCAUAUUUAAUUUGACAGAAUAAACUGGGAGGUGCCCAGUGAGACCAGUCUCCCUGUGCAGCAGCAGUUGGGGGUUAAGUGCCUUGCUGAAGGGGCAGGGGAGUCAGUUAGUUCCUUCAUCGACAUUCAGUUUGAAUUCAGAUAUAUUUUAAACCCACAGAGUCUAAACUAAAGUUUGACUCUUUAACAUGUGUCCAGAUGGAUUAAGCCACUUUUCUCGAGCUGACGAUUCAAGGUCACAGUAACUUCCCUUAGAAGAUUAAUUUUCCAUCAUUAGGCAGCGGAGACAUCGCUAAAUGCACAAAACUGGAUUGAAUGGAAGGUUUUCACACUGUGAGAUGUUUAGUUGCCUAAACUUGAUUUCAGGGUGUUUUUUUUUAUGACUGUUUAUGGCGACGUUAAAAUCCCGAAGGCUCUGAGGCAGCGUGCACACGUUGAGUGUUCCUGCAAAGGGCUGCAACCACAAGAAUGAACCGGGUGGGGGUCAGUUCAGUUUACACUCAGGGGGCUGGAGAUUUAGUUCGAGGUUCCAUUUAAAAAAAAGUUUAAAGUUAUAAAACAUAAAACGUUUG